CUGCCUGCACGCAUUUCCUUGCCGCUUUCGUCACUCGCAGCCUCUGCCUUCCUGUCUCGCUCGCGAAUCGCGAUAGUUUUGGGGGAGGAGAAAGGAUCGGUUCGAGGGUUUUGCCGGCGAUGGAUUCCCAGAUUCUCAUCGCCCUCGCGCUCUCUCUCGUUGGGGGAUUCAGCACUUCGAUCGGUGGUUUUCUAGUAGUGCUGAGCGAUGCUCCAGACCUCAGAAUGCUUGGAAUUUUACAGGGUUUUGCUGCUGGACUUAUGCUAAGCAUAUCUUUUUUUGACUUGGCCCAUAAUGCACUAAACUCCCUUGGUUUCUUUAAAGGCAACAUUUGGUUCUUUGUUGGAGCUUUGUUCUUUGCUUCUGUAGUCAAUUUGAUUCCAGAGCCAUCAUUUGUUGAAACAACUGAAAAAAAAAAUGGUGAUGAAUCAGCCAAGCGUAUGGUCACGAAAGAUCAACACCAAAUCCUAUUUAGUGGAAUAAUCACUGCAGUCGGCAUUAGCUUGCACAAUUUUCCUGAAGGAAUGGCAGUAUUUUUGGGAUCAAUGAAGGGCCUUCGUGUUGGCAUCAACUUGGCUUUAGCAAUUGCUCUGCACAAUAUUCCUGAGGGUGUUGCAGUAGCACUUCCUGUCUAUUUUGCCACACGAAGUAAAUGGCAGGCAUUCAGAUUGGCAACACUUUCAGGGUUUGCUGAGCCUCUAGGUGUAAUAUUUGUAGCUUACCUUUUCCCUAGAAGUUUAAGUCCUGAAGUUCUUGAAGGCUUACUUGGAUCAGUUGGCGGGGUCAUGGCUUUCCUCACGUUGCAUGAAAUGCUACCUCUAGCAUUUGAAUAUGCAGGCCACAAAAAAGCUGUCCAAGCUGUAUUUGUCGGCAUGGCUUUCAUGUCUGCAAGCUUGUACUUCUUGGAGAUUAGUCUGCCAGAAGAAAUGAGUUUGUAGCGGGAUCAAUGACAAUUUUUUUGUCACUAGUUUGUAUACUUGAACGGAAGCGGCGCUGCGGAUAACCUGCCACAUUUAAGGUAGGUUGGUUGGACACUUCUUUCUGCUUAAGCUUGCAAUCUAUGGAGUAUUUUCCAACGUCUAUGAGAUGCAAAUUUAUCUGUUUGCAGACAAAAGUAAACAUGGGCAAAAAAAUAAAAUAAAAUUUGUUGUCAUUUUCUCAGAUUGUAAGCUAUUAAAAUAUACAGUUAAGCAGCUAUAAGAGGAGCGUUUUUAUAA